AUGGCGUUUGAAGUUGAAGUCGAAUCAGAGAUUCUCGAGGAAUCGGGGAGCCAUUCCGAGCUAGAGCAGGACGAGAUUCACUCUCAAGCUUCCCUGGAUGAGGCCGAGCAGGAGCUGUUUGUUGACAUCGUGAUUACAACUAAUCGGGACUCGCACAUCCUCGGGCUGGACGAGGUGCCUGGCAGGUGUGAUGCCGCUGUGACCCCUGCCGCUUCCGCCACUGAUUUCUGCUGCAAGCUCCUUGUUCCUGCAUACUACGCAGGAGGAAUGAUCGGCAAGCGAGGAAAGAACAUGACACAGAUCGAAAAGCUGACUCAGACGAGCAUGAGCAUGUCUGGCGUCGACGUUUUCUUUCCAGGCACUCAAGACCGCAUGCUUACCAUCUUCGCGGCAACGAAACGGAGCUUCCACAGUGGCGUGGAAGCCAUCGUCAGGGAGAUGUGGAGAAUGAGCCAGCAACCUGGGCAAGCGCAACAGAACCACCAUUUCGUCUUCAAGCUCGUCGUCCCAAACUCAGCCGCCGGCAAGAUCAUCGGCCGUGAUGGCAGCAACACGCGCGAGAUGAAGAGAGAAACGGGCUGUCGCAUCAGCAUCAGCCGGCGAAAUCCAGGUAUCCAAGAGCGAGUUGUUGUUCUACUUGCAAGCAAGGACGGAUGCCUUGUCCAAGGAGCCGUGACUGUUCUGGAGUGCAUCCAAGACGACCCGCAUCUGCAUGAGCACAUGGAUUUCAAGUAUGAUGUGGAGCUUCCCCUUGGUUGCUGGGAUUGCGGCAAGCCGGGCCCUGCUGAACCAGAUGCAGAGCUGAUGUCCCUGGAGGAAGCCAGAGUAUUGCCCAAACGAUGCAUCGUGGAACACCUCAUGAAGGCUGCUCCGAGAGAGAUACUCGUCCGACACCGCCUGCUUGGUGGUAUCAGGAAGAUUCUCAAGGUGAAGACCCAUGAGAUGAUUCUGGCUGCUUUGGAAGAAGCUUUGCGCAGUCUUCCGGACCAGAAUGAGGAGACGCUCAAGCCUAGACCGACAUCAGGUAUGCUGCCGGUGGGACUUCUCAGACAGCCGUAA